CUGCCGCCGCCGCCCCUUCUCCGUUGCAUCUUCCAGGAAGGAGGAGGAGGAUGAGGCUGGUGAUCCUUGACAACUACGACCUGGCCAGCGAGUGGGCCGCGAAGUAUAUCUGCAACCGCAUCAUCCAGCACAAACCAAGCCAGAGCAGGUAUUUCACUCUGGGCUUGCCAACAGGAAGUACACCUCUGGGAUGUUACAAAAAACUGAUAGAAUAUCACAAAAGAGGAGAUCUUUCUUUCAAGUAUGUGAAGACGUUCAAUAUGGAUGAAUACGUUGGGCUUCCCAGAAGUCACCCAGAAAGCUACCAUUCUUACAUGUGGAACAAUUUUUUCAAGUAUAUUGAUAUAGAUCCAAAUAACGCUCAUAUUCUCGAUGGAAAUGCUGCAGAUCUAAAGGCAGAGUGUGAUGCGUUUGAAAAAAAGAUAGAGGAAGCUGGUGGAAUAGAUCUAUUUGUUGGAGGCAUUGGUCCAGAUGGUCACAUAGCUUUCAAUGAACCAGGCUCAAGUUUGGUAUCAAGAACGAGAUUGAAGACGCUAGCAAUGGACACCAUUCUGGCAAAUGCAAAAUACUUUGAUGGAGAUUUGGCUAAAGUUCCUACUAUGGCGUUAACAGUUGGCGUGGGAACCGUGAUGGAUGCUAGAGAAGUGAUGAUUCUAAUCACUGGUGCGCACAAAGCUUUUGCCUUGUACAAGGCAAUUGAGGAGGGGGUCAAUCACAUGUGGACAGUUUCUGCUUUUCAGCAACAUCCUCACACUAUCUUUGUAUGUGAUGAAGACGCCACCUUAGAACUAAGAGUUAAAACGGUCAAGUAUUUUAAAGGUUUAAUGCACGUGCACAACAAACUUGUGGACCCACUAUACAGUAUGAAAGAGCAAAACUGAGGGAGAGGAUCAAAGUUGGAAUCGUCUGGCUGACUCUGGCGGUGGUUUUCUGUAGCCGAUGAAUGUACUGCUAUGCAAUAUGCUGGAAUACUGGCUAAAAUGGAGAAUCUAAAGUACUGUGGGGUUUUGUCUUUGUUUGAAAGGUCCAAAUAUGCAAACGUACAUUCCUCUUAGCACUGUUACAAGCACUGUUCUCUGCUUUCUUAUCCAGAUCUUUUUUGCCUGUUACACGCUACCUGUAUGCUGCUGGAAGCCAAUGGGAGUAGUUCUGACUUAAAAGGUAGCUCUAGAAAAGCUGUUUGCAGGAGGAGAGCUCUGUGUAAACUCAAGUAUAUAUAAAAGUUCUUUUUGUCACGGGCUGUGUAAUUUUAACCUACAAACUGGUAAUUGAGCACUUUACUUUGAGAGACUUGCACAUAACUGUCAAGACCUAAACCUCAGCAGCUGCGUGCCUUAAAAUCUACACCUGGGAAUCUGCAUGGGGCACAGAAAUAAGGUGAAAGACUUUUCAUCCCUAGGCUGCUGGUCAUGUUUUGUUGUAUUCUGGAGGUGCGGCCAAUAUUGGUCUUUUGCAGCAAAAACAGCAAGGAAUCAUUUGGCACCUUGAAUAUGAACUUGGGACAGUCAUGGGGGGGUGUAUGUAUAUCUUUGUUUUUCUGCUAUAACACUCAGUUUCAUUAAACAAGGCUAGAUUUUUGAGGGUUGGCUGCCCUUCCUGCAAGGCGGAAGAAAACAAUUAUACACAUCUCGAAGUAUUACCUCCUUGUUGUUAACGUUCCAUAAGAAUGCCACACUCUUGUAAUUCUAGCUUAAGUAAAGCUUAACAUAGCUAUUA